AACUGUUCGCUUCCCACUAAUAGCUUGCAGUACGAAUCUACCCUUUAGUGACUGCAGUUACUAACUAACGAGAUGAUCCGCCUGAUCACAGCUACUAUAUUGUUGGCGACAGCCCAAGGUCAGGAAGUCUAUUUCGAUGAUAAGACCUGCGGCUUCCAGUUGGCACCUCUCGAAGGCUUGAUCAAGAACGGUUUCAAAAGCCGCCCCGGCGAGUGGCCAUGGCAUGUGGCUCUUUUCCACCGGACGCCGAAUGGUAUGGAAUUCGAUUAUCAAUGCGCUGGGACGCUGGUGCACAAGUAUCUGGUGGUGACGGCAGCCCACUGUGUGACACUGCGCUCGAGUCGGAAACGAAUGGCCCCGGCUAAUGUUCUGGUGAAGGUCGGACGUUUUAACAUUUCGGAGCGACAGGAGGAACAGGGAAGUGAUCAUGAGGUGGAGCUGGUCUUGUCUCAUCGCGAUUAUAAACCGUUGACAUUCGAGAAUGAUAUCGCGAUACUAAAACUGAAAGUGCCUGCCAUUUUAACGCCUUACGUGCAGCCAAUCUGUCUGUGGAAGCGAGACGAUGGAGUUGUUCUGCCGGAUGUGUCCAGAAGUUCUGGAACUGUCGUUGGGUGGGGUUUGACGGAAAACGAUACCGUUUCGUCGACGUUGAAUCAGGCAUUCAUGCCAGUGGUGUCGAUACACGAUUGUUUGGAAAGUGAUCGGAAUUUUUUUGGGCAUUUGUUGAACGCUAAGUCAUUUUGUGCGGGAUUUAAGAACGGAACUGGGGUUUGUAACGGGGAUAGUGGAGGUGGGAUGUAUUUUAAGCAUUUGAAGCAAUGGUAUCUGAAGGGAGUGGUUUCGUUCAGUAACAUCGUGGACACGAGAAAGAUCUGCAAUUUGAAGCAAUACGUCGGAUUCACUGACGCGGCAAAAUACUUGGAAUGGAUUUACGAGAAUGCUCCGAUUAACCCAAAUGAAGAUCCAGUGUUGGGUCAUCCAAACGUGCGGCUAAUCAACCAAGGGGAUUGUGGGAAGAAUGAGUAUAUAUUCGGAUAUUCCGAAGACAGAAAGCCCGUUAUUCAACAGUAUUUGUGGAUGGCUGCGUUGCGGCAUCCAUUCCAAAAUCAGCAGUAUGUCCCGUGUAAUGGUGUUUUGAUCAACAGGAACUACAUUUUGACGACAAAUUGCGUUGAUUGGCAUGACGAAGUUUCGGUGACGUUGGGUGACUACAAUACCGGCGAUGUACGCGAUUGUCAUCCGCGUGAUGACGAUGAAUACUUUUGCUCAGAUCCGGUACAAACGACUACGGUUGCUGAGUACUUCCAGAAGGAUCAACUUGUUCUUGCCAGAUUGUCCAGCCCGGCCAUCAUCGGUAGGCGGGAGCAUAUCGAAGCCAUUUGCUUACCGGUUGAACCAGAAUUGCGGAAUCGUAUCUUUCCCAAGUAUAUCCUGACUGGGUGGAAGGAGUCUGGCGAAGACUCCAAGCUGUUGCAACGUGCCAUCGUUGAUGUGAUUCAUCAGAAUGUAUGUCGAAAUGAGAUGAAGAAAGUUCCAUAUGCCAGUGAAGAAGAGAAAAACAUAACGGAAUCGAUCGUUUGUGUUCGAAACUUGGAAGAUAGUACAAAAAGUCCAAGAUGUGAAGAUUACCAACCUGGGACAACGCUUCAAGCCAUUGAGAAAAAGUCAAAUCGAUAUUUUCUCUUCGGGGUCCAAACGGGGAUUUCUUACUGCACUCAACCGGAGAGAUUCAUAGCCAUCGCGAAGUACAUGGAAUGGAUCUUGGAUAAUAUUAGGCCGUAGAAAUGAAACCAAAUAAAUUGUAGUUAAUGAA